CGAGACCGAGACAGACCGAGACCGAGUUCUCGGUCUCGGUACAUCCCUAGUUACAGAUACUGCUGAUAUAUAUCAUGCCAAAAAUUCAGCACAUAUUAUGCCGAUCCAUUCCCUAUGCUAUUACGUAUGCAAUGAACACGUUGAAGCCUUUUUGGAAUAAAUGCAUAUUUAUUUAUCAUUUCAUCGUUUUUCGUUUCUAUUAUCGUGUUUUCGAGACAUGCUCAUUUAUUUACAACCAACUCUUACUAAAAUUGGACAGACUGCUCGUGUAUAUCAUGCCAAAGAUUCGACAUAUAGUAUACCGAUCUAUUUCCUAUGUUAUUUGGUAUAUAAAGAAGACUUUUAGAUCCUUAUGGUAUGGACGCAUAUAUAUUUAUAAUCUCAUCGUACUUCCUUUGUGUCAUCAUGUUUUCAACAUCUGCUCAUUCAUUUACAAACAAGUCUUACCACAAUUCAAGAGACUACUGGUUUGUAACAUAUCAAAAAUCUGGCGCAUAGUAUAUCAAUCCAUUCCCUAUGCCAUUAGAAAUGCAAUGAAUACGGUUAAGUCAUUUUGGAAUGGAUGCACAUUUCUUUACAAUCAACUGUUACUACAGUUGAACAGGCUGCUGAUGUAUAUAAUGCUAAAGAUUCAACACAUAAUAUACCAAUCCAUUCCCUAUGCUAUUAACUAUGCAAUGAAUACGUUGAAAUUCGUUUGGGAUGCAUGUAAAUUUAAUUAUUAUGCCAUCGUGCUUCCUUACUGUCGCCGUGUUUUCAACAUCUGUUUAUCUAUCUACAAACAACUCUUAUCACAGUUGAACAGGUUGCUGAUGUACAUCAUGCCAGAGAUUCGUCGUACACUAUACGAAACCAUACCCUAUUUUAUUAUGUACGCCAAGAACACUUUUAAGUCUUCUUGAGAUGCAUGUAAAUUUAAUUACUGUUCCAUCGUGCUGCCUUUCUGUCGCCGUACGUUUGCAAUCUGCGCAUUCGUCUACACUCAAAUCAUACCAAAAACAGGAAGAUCAGUGAUUGAUAUCGUGCCAUUACUUCGAUCUUGGCUACACCAAAAUAUACUCUGUCAGGCUCGGUAUUUGAUAUAUACAGUGAAAAAUACUUUCUCUCAGGCUGUGCUGCAGCCACUUGACAAUAUGCGACGUGAAGUAUUAACACUAAUUGUCACCAUGUUUACUGCUAUGAGACAUGUCAUAAACGAUGCAUUAACCGCGACUAGGCGCAUGGGUGUCAUAUUAGGCAAAGCUAUUAUGUUUUUACUACGUACCAAAAGAAGUUUUUAACUAUGUAUAGGCCUGGCCAAACCUGGCAGGUGGACAUUUUGCACUUAAAAGUGAUUUCAUCGAUUUUACGAUGGGUAUAACUUAGAAAACUAGAAAUUCUGAUAUUUUUAGUAUACAACGUGAGCGUAAUUUAAACGUAGGAGUGUGGGUGUGGAUGAGGAUGGGGGUGGGUGUGGGUGACUCCGGAUUUCUCUCCCUCCAUACCAACACCCGCAGUCACACCCAUACCCACACCCAUCCACACCUACGCACACAUACUCCACACCCACACCUACGCACACACCCUCCACAUCCACACCCAGAAUUUUCUGAUAAAUGUAUUAAUUGUUGUAUUACGCUUCAUGCUAUAAACCUGAUCUUUUUUACAUAAGAAUCACCGUCAAUUUCUCCAUCAAAGCAGAUAUUUGUAUUUACGAAAUUGAAGCUCAAUCGGAUUGUAAAACACGAUACGAUCAUUUAGUGGAAUCAUCGAUACUUUUGAAAAUAAGAUUUGUUCUCAUUUUCUUGACACCAGGUGGUACAUAGGCAAAGAUCGUUGGCCGGCAAAUUCGCCUGAUCUCAAUCCAUUAAACUACUAUCUGUGGAACAAAUUGGCAUAUGCUAUGGAUGGGGAUCAGGUAUCGUCAAAAUCAACACUUCUUGAGGAAUUACAACGUGGUAUCAAGACAAUGAGUAAAAGUAUCGAUGAUUCUACUAAACGAUUGUAUCGUGUUUUACAAUCCGAUGACGCUUCAAUUUCGUAAAUAAAGAUAUCUGAUUUGAUGGAGAAAUUGACGGCCAUUCUUAUGUAAAAACGAUCAAGUCUAUAGCAUGAAGCGUAAGAAAGUUGUGGUCGUAAUACUGACACCGCCAUUUAACCGUUUGAGUACGGGCGGCGAACAUGUUUGUCCUAAUAUCGGUCCUAUAAAAAUUUUUUUAUUCGAACCCAACUAUAUGAUACCAAACAAAAGAACUCGGUGAGCUGAGUACCUUUUAGUGAUGGAACUGAUUCUUUUAAAUGAAAGCAUGAAGAGUUCUGAGCGUGACAACGGCUAAAAUGACUAAAAUUUUACAAGUCGACCUACCCAGAACUCUUCAUGGUUUCAUUUAAAAGAUCAAGUUCCGUCAUAAAAAGUGCUCAGCUCAUCGAGAUCUUUGGUUUGGUAUAAUAUAGUUGGAAUUUCGAAUCAAAAAAAUUUUAUAGGACUGAUUUGACUAUCAACCGUUCCUGGUCCUUGCCACUAUACAAAAAUAAUCCCGUACUUAAAGGAUUAAUCUAGACCACCCGAUAUAAUAAAAUCUUUACUAAAAUAGUAACAAUAGAGAGUUUUUAAUACGUAGACAACAUCUAUAUGAUUCAUCAUGAUAAUCAAACCUUGUUUUUCUUUUCUUCAUUCUGUAUAGUAUUUAUCUUUGACUAAAUAGUCACAUGUUUAUUUAGAUAAAUACAGGGUAUGUCGCUUGCGUUAGUCGUACAUGAAAAUAAAAAACUUCUUCUCGAAGAACUUCCUGUGAGUAAAAAUAUAAAAUCAAUGUCAAAUAUAUUGUUUUUAAUUUCUCUCUAGCUUCCGACAUAUGGUCCCAAUGAUCUGCUAAUUAAAGUAACACAUGUUGCACAAAAUCCAACUGAUUGGAAAUCUGUUCAUUUUGGUGCUGCGAAACCAGGAUCAAUCGUUGGAUGUGAUUUUGCUGGAGAAAUCGUUGAAGUAGGCGAAGAAGCGAUUGGCAAUUAUAGAAGAGGUGAACGUGUUGCUGGCUGUGUCCCAGGUGGUGUCAAUCCUGAAUUUGGUAUUCGUGGAGCUUAUUCUGAAUAUGUUGUUCAAGAAGCAUCACUCGUCUUUCGUUACCCUUCAAUGAUUUCACCUGAAUCAGCAGCUACAAUUCCACUUGCUACUAUUACAGCAGCUCUUGGUCUUUUUCAUGAGAUGAAUUUACCACUACCACCUGCAACUUGUGGAGCAUCUAUUCUUAUAUGGUCUGGUAGUACAAGUGUUGG